GACUUACAGCUGAUUCGGUUAUAUAAAGCAGCUGUCUGUGCUGCAGCAUUCGGAGGACAAACACUGCUUCAACAUUUCAGAGGUUCGUCAGACAUCAGAUUAUAAAGAAAGAUGAGCAGAGGAUCCACAGAUUGGAGUCCAGGCUUCUGGCGCGACAUAUUUGAUGAACUGCUGUAUGAUGACAAUGAGCUGAAUUAUGGAGAUGAAUGGACUCUGAACUUUAACUACACACAGACAGACGAAGUCACCAAAGAACAGAGGAGGAAAGGCUGGAAAGUGUAUUCCCACUGUGCCUAUGGAAAAUUCCAGUGUGGAUCCUGUGGUAAAACCUGGCCUUCAGCUCGAGCAGUGGUGCUGUUCCGCUACCGGCUGCGAGGUGGCAGGGGUACAGUGAUCAUGCGACCCUUUGGUCAGGCAUGUCGUCGUUGCCAGGAUGAGGAAUUUGAUCUCCCGGGUUUCUCCAGAAAAGAAGUGGAACAUGCUUUGCUCAGGCUUAUUUCAAAAAUCCGGAAAAAUAUUUACGGGGAAGAGGAGGAAAGCGACGAUGGAUCUUCAACAACCUCUAAUAAAGUGUGGACCAAGCCCCAUGAGAAAAACCUGUGCCAGGCCUGUCUUCUGGGCAUCUGCUGUCAGGACGACGACUGAAAGAAAGACAUCACUUUUUGAGUUUUUAUUCUCAGGUUGUAAAUAUCAUGGUGUCUUUUUAGAUACAAUGUGAUGUAGAAUAUUGCACAAUUUUGGGGCCAAAAAAGAAAAAAUCAGCUUAUCUAAUUUUAAAAAGUUACUUCCUGUUAUGGGGUUAAAGAAAACUAUAGCGUUUUGUUUUUAUAUUUUAAAGCACUAAUCCUGAAUUUUGUUUGAGUAUAAUAAGUCUCUGAGUACAAGUAGGAGUCUGUUGAUUGUUUUUUUACAAGGUUUUCCAUGAAGUUGUGAACAAUGAGGCACUGU